AUGUCGCCACAAGCUGUUACUGCUUCCAUUAUCAGGGGUUCUCAAGUAGUUGUAACUACUAUUAUCUUUGCUGUUUCUAUUAAGGCUUUGGCUGUGCUUGGAAUUUAUUAUGAUAAAUCAAAACCUACAUUUUAUAUCACAGUUGUUGCUGCACUUGAUAUCAUCUAUUUUUGCUACACUCUAUUGUUGACUCCAUUAGUAUUCAAAAAUUCCUCUCCCUCUAUUAUACCUACUGCAAGUGAGUUCAUUCUAUACACACUUAAUCUUGCUGCUCUGUGUAUUCUGACUAUAAACUCCCCAACAGUGCUUUGUGAUGAAUUCUAUUACUCAGAUACUAUUGACUUGUGUCAUAUUCACCAAUGCUUACAUGGAUUUUCUGUUACCAAUUGGGUCUUAUUCACCAUUAGUUUUAUGAUGAUUUUGUAUUGUACUUUUAUCCCAGAAAUUAAAAGACACGGAGUCAAACAUACAUUAUCUCCGUCGCAGUUUUAUAUUAGCUGUAUAAUUAUUGACGACAAUCCAAAAUCUAUAGAAGUAAUUGCAAGUGAAAGUGCAAGUUUAGAUGAAGCUAAUAUUCACGACGAAUCAGAAAUUGGUAUGGCUCCAACAGUAUAUGCUACAAAUAAUACUAGUAGUUUAGAUGCUAACAAUGCAAUUGUUGAUUCUAAUUUAGAGUCUUCCGAAGACGAAAAAUCAAUUCAAAAAAUUCCAAUUGAAGCUGUAUAUGAGAAAACAGAUAUUAGUAAACCAUAUGCUUCUAAAAAAAAAUAA